UGAAACCUUCAGCUGUCAGACUUUGGCCACCCUAAAAGUGCAGGUUUUGUUAGCAAACUAACUCGAACUGUACAACCCGCGCCGACUUUCUUUAAAGUUGUGCAUUCAUCUGCUUUUCGAUCUUUGAACGCGCGAGCUGGUGAUUGAAGCGCAAAGAUUGCACGAAGACGAACCGUUUAGUUUUAAUCGCUGCUAGUUUUUUGCACAAGCCAGCGAUCCUGAGCGGGUGUAAGGCUAGAUGCAGGGAGGGAGGGAGUAAAAAAAGGCAAAAGUCUUUGUGCUUCCCUUCCCCCUCAUCAAAGCAAAAGGGAAAUGUCUCUGUCCAAAGGAGGGAAGAAGAAGAACCCUGGGCUGAAGCUGGCCAAAGAAGUCUUUGCACAGCCCCCACCAGCAGCAGCAGCGCCCCCUCGAGAUCUUGACUCGAAAGCUUGCGUCACGAUUGGAGAUCAGAACUUUGUGGUGAAGGCCGAUGACUUGGAGCAGAUUGAGGAGCUGGGCAGGGGAGCGUACGGGGUCGUGGACAAGAUGAAACAUGUGCCCAGUGGUGUUAUCAUGGCUGUCAAGAGGAUUCGUGCCACCGUGAACACUCUUGAGCAGAAGAGGCUUCUGAUGGACUUGGACAUUUCCAUGAGGACCGUGGACUGCUUCUUCACUGUGACCUUCUACGGGGCCCUCUUCAGAGAGGGGGAUGUUUGGAUCUGUAUGGAGCUGAUGGACAUGUCUCUGGAUAAGUUCUAUAAGAAGGUUACUGAGAAAGGCAAAAACAUCCCCGAGGACAUCUUGGGCAAGAUCGCAGUAGCAAUUGUCAAGGCAUUAGAGCAUCUGCACAGUAACCUGUCAGUGAUACACAGAGAUGUGAAGCCCUCCAAUGUUCUGAUCAACACUCAGGGCCAAGUGAAAAUGUGCGACUUUGGCAUCAGUGGCCACCUGGUGGACUCUGUGGCUAAAACAAUGGAUGCAGGCUGCAAGCCCUACAUGGCGCCCGAGCGGAUCAACCCUGACCUCAACCAGAAAGGCUACAGUGUCAAGUCAGACAUAUGGAGUCUUGGUAUCACAAUGAUCGAGCUGGCCAUUUUGAAGUUCCCCUACGACUCGUGGGGAACCCCGUUCCAGCAGCUCAAACAGGUGGUGGACGAGCCGUCUCCACAGCUGCCCGCCGACCGUUUCUCCCCAGAGUUUGUAGACUUCAUCUCCCAGUGCUUAAGAAAGAAGCCGAAUGAGAGACCUGGUUAUACAGAAUUAAUGCAACAUCCGUUUCUCACCGUGCAUGACUCCAAAGACACAGACGUGGCCACUUUUGUGAAGGUAAUACUGGAUGACUGAUGGGGAGGCCCCCUGCGGGCCCCCCCGCCCAUCAGGUUAGGCGGGACCUCUCAGCAAACAAACCAAUGGCCUACCUUUUUUUUUUUUUUCUUUUUUUUUUUUAAACUCACUGGAAUGACGGACUCUCAAGCACCCACACACACACAAUAGGGGGGGGGGUAACCCCAAAGACUUACAGUAGCAUUGGAGUGGGAGAGCGGCGGUAAUAUGAACUCGUACGGUCAAAAACCAACUGGAGAGGUUUAAUUGGCUCCUCCAAGCUUCCUGUGUGUGCGAUUAUUCAACAUGACAAAUAUGAACUGAACCAGAUUUGUUGUUUUUCGUCUUCUUUUUUUCGCCCCGCAGCGCCUCUCCCUCUCUUUCUUUCUUUCUUUUUUUUUUUUUUUUUUUUUUUUUUUUUUUUUUUUUUUUUUUUUUUCAGAAUGGACAGAGCCAGCCAUCGUUUCUAUGUGACGCAUAUUGUAUGAAUACUUUGAAUAUCAUCUACAAAACCAACAGUUAAUGUGUACCUUGUGUAUUGAAAUCUAUAUUUGCAUAUGUGUUUGUAUGUUUUCUCAUUAUACAGAGUUUUUGAUACUGUAUAUCGUCGACAUGUGUGAAUUUUACCGGACUGGGGCCUUAUUUGUCAGAUCACAUCGGGGGGGGGGGGGACAGUUCCACCUGGUUCUGCUCUGAGGUGGCCGGGCCCAGGAGGCUCCAGAGCGAAGACAAAUAACUUAAGAAAUGUCAAAGGUCACAUUCUGUACGUGAUAAGAAGUCAUAAUGCAGGAAUGUAAAGCGUCUCAUAUCACCUGAUCCGAUUGUGGUCCCAGCUGAGGGCCUUCAUGCAGCGACCCCUCCGUACUCCUCGUCGUCUUCUCUCUCGGGUAUUAACGCGUCGGCCUCAGUGCUGCCAUUGUUACUACCUGGAGGUAUUCAGAGGUUGCCUAAUCAAGCUCACAGCUUUAUCUCUUCCUGUGUGCCAUUUUAGUCGUUCUCAUGAAUUACUGCAUUAGUUGUGUUUUUCUCUUCUUUUCUUUUGGACUCGUUCAGUCCUGCAUUUUGAUUUGACUUUAGCAGCAUUUAUACUCAUCCCUUUGCCUGCAGUUCUCAAUUCUGGAGUCGGCAUAGUCUUUUCAUAUGAGGCGCUUGUUUUUGGUUUUUUUUUGUUUUGUUUUUUUCUAGAUUCCUUAUUAUGCAUUACACAGACAGUAUGUUAAGGAAAUAAUUUAUAUGUUGAAGAUGUAAAUACCAUCUCCUUUUUUUUUCUUUUCUAUGUAACAUGGCACUGUCAUAACUUGGCAGGGCACAUGGGUGGUAGAGUGGUUGGUAGUUUAAUGCAGCGUGACACACACACACACACACACACACACGUGUGUACUCACAGGGCCAGCUGACUACCGUACACCUAUUUUGGACUGAUGUGCUGUCAAGCUCCACCACUCAGGUUUCUGUGCUCUCCUUCACGCGGAGACGGCCCCAUUUUGUUUUUUCCUCCAGCUCGCACUCUCCUCGAGUGCCGGACCGAGAGCCUUUUCUCAGUGCAUGGUGGGCAGCCAUUAUCUCCUCUUGUCUGAGCAUACUAUGCAGAGCCCCUUCGCCUCGGACACGCGGCAAGAGGCCCUUGCCGUGUGGCAGUUUCGCCACGCCAAGUGUUCAGAGACUCUGAUGGCGAUGAUGACUGCCGUGCCUCUGUUCAUGGCUAGCACUCAUCGCCCCUCUGGUUUACACUGUAGUGCAACCUUUAUCGAAAGUCAGUGAGUUAGGAGUAUCUUUGAUUGUGAAUAAUAAGGGAAAGCUAGCAACACCACAGAGAAGCUGCUAUUUCUAUUUUAUUUCUUUUGUCAGCCUUCUUUGGAUGGCCAUUCCCUUUGGUGUGUAAACGUGAGUUUUUACACUGAUCACAGUGAGAAUGAGAACACUUGCUCUACCUCUUACUCCUUCACUCUAUUUGACACCUUUUCAUUGGGUGGGACCGACAAACUUGAACUGUGGAAAGACAAAAAAAAAUAAAGGCUUUAUUGUUCAGUAUGUCUGUUUUAAAGCUUUCCUUUCAUGACUGAUGCCAGUUUAGAAGUUGUUGUUCAUGUGUCUGAUGCAGAGAUUACAACAAUGUCCACGUUUAAAGGGUAAGGCAAUAUUCAUAUGUUUGUUAUUGCCAUGAAAAGACCAAAACAAUGAAAUGUAUUAUAUGAAAAAUGUCUACUGUUCACCUCGAAAAUGUUGCCACAGUGAUAACUAUCCAGAAUUGUAAAAGCCUUGAAACUCAUGAAGCUGCUUCUUUAACUGGGCGUCUUGGAUUGUAUCUCACUGGGAGCAACAUGCCCCCAACUUAAUCAGCAGCUGAAAAUAGUCCAAGUACACAGUGGACUCCUGUUUGAGGUAAUGAUGUUGCUGUUUUAGGUGUACCUUUACUUUUUUUUUCAGACCCAUAACGGGUUCAGAAUCUGGUUGGGCAAAGCUUUAUACAGGUAUAGCCUGUGUUGGGUACCACAGAACGUAUUUUAAGUCAUUUGAUCUUGUAAUUUGGUUGCUUCAAGCUAAAAAUAAAGCUGAUAUCUAAAA